UAGCCUAGCCGGCUAACUUGGCUAAUCUGAUUUAUCGCUUGAGUUAAGCGCACGUAACGUUAGCCAGGAUUACCAAAUUUAGUUUUCCAUAUCUAGUGGUUAACGCAAUAUCCAUCUAACAUCAAACAGUCACUCAUUACAAGAAUGGCAUCGCUUGGGGAGCCUGUGCGGUUGGAAAGAGAUAUUAACCGGGCUAUUGAGCUGCUUGAUAAGCUCCAGAGGACGGGGGAAGUGCCUCCUCAGAAGCUGCAGGCACUGCAGAGGGUCUUACAGAGUGAAUUCUGUAACGCUGUCAGAGAAGUGUAUGAACAUGUGUAUGAAACAGUGGACAUCAACAGCAGUCCUGAGGUCAGGGCCAACGCCACAGCUAAGGCCACUGUGGCAGCUUUUGCAGCAAGUGAGGGACACUCACAUCCACGUGUUGUGGAACUGCCCAAGACAGAAGAAGGCUUGGGUUUCAACAUAAUGGGGGGAAAGGAACAAAACUCACCUAUUUACAUCUCACGGAUAAUCCCAGGAGGCAUCGCUGACCGUCACGGAGGCCUGAAGAGAGGCGACCAGCUUCUCUCUGUUAAUGGAGUGAGUGUUGAAGGUGAGCACCAUGAGAAAGCUGUGGAACUCCUCAAAGCAGCUCAGGGCACAGUGAAGCUAGUAGUAAGGUACACCCCUAAAGUCCUUGAGGAAAUGGAGUCACGCUUUGAGAAAAUGAGGUCAGCGAAGCGCCGGCAACAGAAUAACUAUCCCCAGUAGGAUUUUUCCAUGUUGAUGCCCAACUCCCAUGUUUCUCCUCCUCUAGCCUUCUGGCCAUCUGUGCCAGUCUCUUUCUUAUCUCCCUGCCCCAAAAAAACAUAACAAACAUACCCAAGUUUGGUUUUAGUUGCCACUCACACAUACUGUAUAUUGUGCUUCUAUCCCUCUCUGUAGCAUUUUUAAUAUUAACCAUUGUUACUGUACUAGACACUACGACUCUAGACGAACACUAGAAUGAUUAUGAUUGUCAGUGUAGGUGGUAUCUCACACGUGUGCAUUAUUUUUGAAUUGACAAUUUGAAUGCAACUUUGAGAACUUUUGAGAUCAACUACAGAGCUCUUUUGACUGGAAAGGUAGUGUUUUUAAUUCUUUUAUCACAGCCACUACCAAGUGCCUCAGGGCAAACACGUUCAUCCUAUGUACUGUGUCGUUCUUUUUUUCUUUUUAAUGGUCAGGUAAUUAAACGCUUGUGGCAGGAAUUAGUACAUGCUUUACAACCGUUACUCUCAAAAUCAUUUAAUUUAGAGGAGAUGAUGACAGUUUGAAUUUGCAGAAAAGACUUAGUUAUAUGUCUGUUAAUAAGGGAAACCACUGAAAGGACACUUUUUCAAGUUGAAUGCGAUAUAUUAUCUUUAAGGUUUUUCUCUGGGCUUACCCUCUAAGUUUUCUAAUGUCAUACCACACUAUAAAAAGCCCAGCAGGUACUGUAAGUGAUGUAAUGGGGUCUCAGAAACUCAUGAACUAAAUUCCUGCCACCACGCAGACGCACAUUUUUACUUUUAUCAAAGUAAUAAAACUUCACAAACAUGAACUCUGCAGUCAGCAUGACACGAGGUGAAACCUGUCUGGUUAAUUUGUAUUGAUAUAAAGCAGGAAUUCACUAAAUGUCAUAUUUUUCUUUAGCCAGGUAGAGUACUUAAUGAGAAGUCGAUUCAACAACAUUUGUCUUUAAUCUUCGCUAGAAACUGCUUGAUGGUAUUGUUUGCAUCAUUUAGUGACAGUACAAAGCAAUGUAAGACAUUCAUAAUAUCUAGCAAUCUCUUUAUGUCACAGUAAUACCUAAUGUGAGCGUUCAUCAUUGUUUUGAUGAAUGAAAAGGCAUAUGUUGAUAUCACACAUUCUGUAUAUGGCCAAUACAUAUUCACCAAGGCUUUACACAGUGUUUAGGGCGUCAUGUC